GUUUCUUUGCUUGUGAUGUCAUCAUUGACUGGAAUGCUCAUAUUUUCUCUGCUGAAUUCCCAACAUUUAAAGCCCAAGUCAGAUACCACCAACUCCAGGAAACCUCUGGUCCAAGGAGUAGUGAAUCAGAAGAUGGAGAUGGAUGUUAAGGGAGUUUCUCAGUGCCCGGAGCCCAUCCCCCACUCUCAGGGGGCUGGCGGAGGCUGUCAGCAGCCACCGCCGCCGCCACCGCCGCCGCCGCCGCCACCGCCGCCGCCGCAGGAUGAGCAGCCUGGGGAAAGUGCGGCCGCCGGGGACAGCCACCCAGAGAAGAGACCAAACAGUGAGAAAGAAGACAAAAAGAGGACCUCGGCCAGCAAGACUUCAGGUGCUCCUUCCUAUAGCAGAUGGUCCAGCUCACAGCCACAUCAGGAGGCUCUGCAAUGUUCCGGGCUUGAUGCAAUCAGCACAAUGCCAUCUGCAAACAACAGCAUCUGGAGGACAUCACCAUCUAUAGGGAAUCCCUCUUUGAUUUGGACUCUGCGCUGGACGUCCUCCAUGACAAUGAGAAGCCUGGGACGCGGGAGCCUGGGGACUUGCCCCAUUUCUGCAAUAGAGUAUUCUUCCAGCUCAACGGUGAGAACAUACCAAAACAGUAAAUCCAGAGUGACCAUGAGUCCCGGCUUCAGCUCCCAGUGGAACAGCAGCCAACCAGCUUGGAACAGCUAUACCUUUCCAAGAGCAAGCUUGCACUACCAGUCCCAUGCCAGCUACACCUACUGUGCUGGGCACCCUGCCCAGUCCUAUGCACCAGCUCCCCACCCCAUGGCUCCUCCCAGCCCCAGCACAAACAGCAGCAGCAACAACAGCAGCAGCAACAACAAUAGUGGAGAACAGUUGAGUAAAACCAACCUGUACAUUCGAGGCCUUCCACCCGGCACCACGGACCAGGACCUAAUCAAGCUGUGUCAGCCGUAUGGAAAAAUUGUUUCCACAAAGGCAAUCCUUGACAAAAACACAAAUCAAUGCAAAGGUUAUGGCUUUGUAGAUUUUGACAGUCCCGCAGCGGCACAGAAAGCAGUAGCAUCUCUCAAGGCCAAUGGAGUCCAGGCACAGAUGGCCAAGCAACAAGAACAAGAUCCCACAAACCUAUACAUCUCCAAUUUACCCAUUUCCAUGGACGAGCAGGAAUUGGAGAACAUGCUGAAACCCUUCGGUCAUGUCAUUUCCACCAGAAUAUUGAGAGACGCCAAUGGAGUCAGCAGAGGGGUCGGAUUUGCCAGGAUGGAAUCAACUGAAAAAUGUGAAGUGGUCAUUCAGCAUUUUAAUGGGAAAUACCUUAAAACCCCACCAGGAGUACCAGCCCCUACUGAGCCUUUGCUGUGUAAAUUUGCAGACGGAGGGCAGAAGAAGCGUCAGAAUCAAAGCAAAUACACACAAAAUGGAAGGCCGUGGCCAAGGGAAGGAGAGGCUGGCAUGGCUUUGACCUAUGAUCCCACAGCUGCUAUACAGAAUGGCUUUUAUUCUUCACCGUACAGUAUCGCUACAAACCGCAUGAUUCCACAGACAUCUAUCACGCCAUUCAUUGCUGCUUCCCCUGUGUCCACAUAUCAGGUCCAGAGCACUUCAUGGAUGCCUCACCCACCCUACGUUAUGCAGCCAACAGGUGCUGUGAUAACACCAACAAUGGACCACACUAUGUCAAUGCAGCCAGCAAGCAUGAUGGGCCCCCUGACGCAACAGAUGAACCAUCUUUCCUUGGGCACGACAGGAACGCGCCCUGGGACCAAGAACCAGUCACCCCACCCUAGUUAUGGCUCUCCAUAUAUGUAUAUGACUGCGGCCGCACCUAUGCAAGGGACCUACAUUCCCCAGUACACUCCUGUGCCUCCAACAGCCGUCCCUAUAGAAGGUGUUGUUGCUGAUACCUCUCCCCAGACAGUUGCACCUUCAUCACAGGAAGCCAGUGCUCAACAACAGCAGAUAGCGGUGGAAACGUCCAAUGAACAUACGCCUGCAUAUUCCUACCAACAGUCUAAACAAUAAACAGGACUGAAGAAUGUCGAUCUGAAAACUUUGCCUUGAAUGGAGAAACUUCAUUGAACAAGGAGUUGGCUUCCAGUUUGCACAGGCGUCAAACGAAUGCUUUUUUUUUUCAUUUUCUACUUUACCCAAUGGAAAAAAAAAACAAAACCCAAGUGUUUUUAUGUGCUGUGCAAAAGGUUCCGUCAUGUAGUCUGACAGUUUUAUUUUUGCUAUAAUUUUUUUUAAUUAAAGAAAAAACCCAGAGGGGGAAAAAAAAAACACAAACACUGGGGGUUGACAUUUCAUCUGGAUGAACAUUCGGAUUCAGAAUUUACCUGAAGGUGUAGAUAGAUUUUUUUUUAAAAAUACAUCAAAUCUGAUGAUGUCAAGAGGGAACAAGCUGGGAUGAAAGCCUUGUCUUCCUCAAUAAUUAAGCUACUUUCUCUUUUUUUUCCCUUCUUUAACUCUAGUGCAUUUGUUUUCAUUUUUAAUUUUUUUUCUUAGAAAUGUUUAGGUAAGGUUUAUCUUGAAUCUUAAUUGCCUUAAUUUUAAGGACGUCAGAGGCUCUCCAGGCAAGCUGUCCACGUCUUGUUAGAAAAAACCGGAGAAGGAAAUUUGAAAAGACUGCUUUGAGCCAGCUUCAACUGGUGCAGAAGUUAAUAGACUCUGAGUUUUUAGGGUGAAAAAAAUAAACUGUACAGUUGAAAAGAAAAUGUUUUUCUUCGUUUGAAGAAAAUUUGUUGAUAAAGGAACUGUGGCAACUGCAAGGAUUAGAGAAAAAAUGCUGGGACUUUUCAUGAACUUUGUCUUAAGUGUUGACAGGAAUCAUUCUAGAAAGGAAAAGAGAUUGACAGUAAAGUUAUUGACAUUGGUUCAAUCAAAUGGCUGCAUUCAAAAUGAUAUGGGGUUUGGGGGGCAGGAUGCAGAUUUUUUUUUUAUUUACAAGGCGUGAUCGCUGACAAAAGCCCUUGUGCUUUUUAUCUGCAGUCUUUUUUAUGAGCGUUAAGAAGUUUUUAGUCAGCUUUGCUUGUCACAUUGCAAAACCUAGCUUAAGAGCAUUAAAAAAAAAAAGAAAAAAAAACUUAAGUAGAUAGGAGCUUAUGGUCAAAAAAAGUGCAAAAAAAAAGCAAUAGAUAGAAGAAAUUGUUGACAAUUUCUGUAGUCUUUCCUAGUUGUGAUCAAAUGCAGCCUAUGGAUGGCCUAUUUUAUACCAAAGAUGAAGUGACAUCCUAACGCAGUCCAGAAGAUAGAGGUUUUCUUUUGUGUUUUUUCCUUUUUUUCCUCUUCUUUAAAAAAAAAAAAAGUCUUUAUUUGACCUACAUGGCCGGACCAGUUUUUAUUUUCGUGUUUGUUUUACCUAUAUUCCACUGGUGUUUUACAUCCUGCAAAGUUUAUAAAGAAAAUGGCACAUUAGUUGGGCUGAGGAAGCCCAGACCUGUUGGAUCAGCUGAGAAGCAGAGCGGGACAAGAUCCGAGCACCAACUAAUGCUACAGAACGGGCUUUAAUUUUGCUGAGCUUUUCGCCUACGCUCUUGUACAGUGCAAUCCAUAGUGGGGGCCACCUCUAUUGGGAGGCAUUUGCCUAAAAGGCUGAAUUUUUUUUCCAUGCAUGUUGGACUAUAAACUCUUCUGGGAAAAAAGUUGUUUUUUUUUUUUUCAAAAUGUCACCUGUCCCCUUUCCCCCCUCCCUGAAAAAGUCUGUGGAAUGGUAGGUGGUCUCCUUAAAGAAUGUCUCAUUGUCUUUGUAAAGAAAUUCUUCCUUCUGAAUUCUGUCACCCUUUUGGUUCAUCUGCUCACCUUGUCCAGCAUGGAUAGCAACUGAUUCUGAAAUUGCAGGAAUGGGGAGGGGGAGUUGCCUCCCUUUUUAUCUUUUUUUCAUUGCAUCUUUGAAGGCUAUGGUUGCCAGAAAGAAAGGGGGGAAAUUGGACAUUUUUUUCUCAAUUUAACUCUCCUGGGCAGGUAGGAAUAUUAAAAAUAAGGAGGGUUUUUUUUCCUAAUGGAAUUCUGGGUAAGCUCUUAAUAUGCUGGUUGACAAUCAAGAGUUAGUAUGAUUUUAAGAAAACAAAAACCAAAAGGACCCGGUCCUGGAGAUCAGCAAAGCCAAAGGAGUUGGUGGAUGCCCAAUUAGGUCCAAAAGUGAAUGCAAUUUCAUUAGCUGAGACACAACUGUACAUAUUUCUUUAAGAUAUUCAUGGAAAAUUGCAAUGUUUUACCUGAAAUCCAGGACAGGAGAAUUUUGUUAAUUGAAAAGGAUUUGAUUAUAAUAAUGUUUUCUGAAUGAAACACUGGGAUUAAAGAAUUGGUGGAGGGGCUAGAAGAUAAAAAUAAGUUACUGAGUCAAAACAAUGAGGGAAUGAGAUCAUUUUGUAUGACUGUUGUAAUAAAAGAAAAGAGCAUUCAUUUAAGAGGAAAGUAAGUCAAUCAUACCCCAGUGAAAUCUGCUUGGUUAAAAGCCCCAUUUCUGACAUAGAUCUGAAGUUCUCAAGAUAGCAACACCUUUAAACUGAAGCCAAAAUGAUUUCAAGUAAUGGUGCUUCCCCAUAUCUGAAUUUUAAUCUUCAAUUUGAAGGGAAAUAUCCCUCAAAUAAUUGGCUGUUAUAGUUUAAUUCAAGGCCCAUUCCAGAGGGAAGUACCCAAUUCCUGUUGGUCCCUAUUAUCAUAUUCUAUUCCCAUUCAUUGGAAUGGGGGAUCCCUCUGGUUUUCCUCUUCCAUUUAUUGCUUUCUCUUGUCUUUUAUUAAAUUGAUAUUUUGUGAAUGGCACCAACUCGAGUUUCAUCAUUGCAGAGCUGAUCGUAGAAAGCUACAGAGAAUCUUUCAAUCUAGUCCCAUUCAUUUUCCUUUUCUCAUUCACCAAAUUACUUAUAUGAUUAUGGAUUCUCCCUGGGACUCAUUAAGUUAAAUAGAAAAUGCUCUGAUUUUGUUUUAUUUUCUUAAAAAUCCCAAUGUGACACAAAGAAAUGUCUCAUUUGAUCUGGACAAUGAGGCUCCAAGGUAGCUACCAUGUGGCUGAUGAGUAUGCUGAAGUCACUUCCUGUUUCUAUUCAAAACUCUCCUGUUUUAUUUAUAUCUUUAGUAGUUUGUUCUCUCUAUUUCUCUCUCUCUCUCUCUCCUCUCUCUCUCUCUCUCUCUCUCUCUCUCUCUCUCUCUCUCUCUCGCUCUCUCUCUCUCUCUCUCUCUCUCUCUCUCUCUCGUUUUUUUUUAUCCACCAAUGGAAGUAAGGUAAUUUUGCUAUUAUUAUUAAGCCAAUUGGGGCAAAAGGAAAUUACCCCACCAAACAUUUUGAACAUUGUUGUGCAUUUUGUGUUCAAAUUGUUUAUAUUGUGCCACAGUAUCUCAGAUCUCAUUUCAUACCAAAAAAAGAGAAGGGCAAAUAGUUCUUAACUGUGCAAGAGUGAGAUCACUCUUCUCUGUUCUCUGACCUAGGAAUUUUUCUUGAGUGUCACAUCAAGCCUGAAAAAGAUCAGCAUACAUUUGUAAUCAGUAGCAGGUUCCUAGCAUAGGCUUUGUUAGGAAGGGGAAACACACAAAGGAAACCAGCCCUGCCAUGUUUGGAAAUCAUGAUAAAUGGAAAUAAUACUGAUGUGGUAAUAAAGAAUAGGAUGGGGAGAGUAAAACUCUGUAAGAACACAAUUGUCUCAAAAGCAAAACUAACCAAAACCACUGUCCUAUAUAUGGGUCAAUAGAUUUUCAGCGUUUGUACUACUAUUUCAAUUGUCUAAGGUGACCUUAUGCUUUGGGGCCAAGAGAUUCCUGAUUGAGUGAUAGACUUCCUUAAAAUCUUUGGGUAAGAGAGCCUGACCUUAAUAUCAGAGUAUAAACUAAAAUCAACAAACCAAACUUCAUAAAUCUUUUCUGUCACAUUCAAACUGUAGACAACAGUAAGUGUAACACAAAUGAAUGUUUUCUUUUAAUAAAUAUAAGAGGUUGUCAGAGGGAAAAUGUAUAUGAUAACUGGGAGAUUCUAAAUACCUCUGUACUCAAUUGAAAGGAAACAUGAGAUCACUGAAGGAUUAUGAGGGAACUGAAUAUGCAGAUGAGUGCUGAUGAUGGAAGCUGUCUUGGGACUCUUGGAACUCCUGAUUAUAUAUGAGUUAUAAGUAUACUAGUUGACUAAAAAAUUCCCAGUCAAUAUGGUCCUAAAUUGGCUUGUGUUAUCUUGGUUCAUUGGCUAGAUUCCAAUUGUCUAGAAUGUUGGUGUCAGUGUUCAUUAGAAUUCUUGCCAAGACUCUCGCAAGUACAUACAAAAUGGGAGCCCAAUUUGAGCAGCCCCCAUUUGAUGAAAUGUAGAAUUUAGGGGAAUUUGAUUCAACUUGGACACCUAGGUCUAACAUUUUCAUGAUUGUUCAGUGGCUUAAGCAAACUCAUUGGAACCUAUUAAAUGACCACGCAUACAAAGCUAGACAUAGGUUUAAAAAGAAAAAUCAGUUUUGUUCUAAUGUGGGUGUAUAAACCACUGAAGAAAAGGAGAGCUAUUCAGGAAAGAGAAAAUCUGAAGUGAGUUUAAGUGUUAAGUAGCUUUUAUAUGAGUAAAAUUCAAAUGAAGGGAGAUUAUUUAUGUAUGUGUGUGCUAAUACACAGCUCAUUUGAGGAAGCCUCCAUUGUAAUAAAGUUUAUUUUUAAUAUGUCAUAGUAUUUUGAUCUAUGUUAUAUUGUCUAUGGCAGGAUAAGAUGAAAUUCUGGUUCUUAUUUCAUUAUUAACUAGUUCAUUCUGUAUCUGCUAAACUCAUCUGGGCUGGAAAGUUCUUACUGAAUAUUAAGGGAGGAGUUGAAUGACAAAACUUUCAUAGGCUCAUUGCUCCCAUUUACUCAGUUGUCCGUCCUACAUCCAGACUGUAAUGAACUUAAGAGUAAUCAAGCAAUCUACAUUAUUGUGACACCAAACAUGGUUUUAGAAAAAAGUUGGAUUUUAGUCAGUCUCAACUGGCAUUUUUUGUCCAAAUUUUCCUUAAGGUAAAAAUGUUCCUAUGAUUGAGCUGUUGGUCAAGAAUGGCUUCAGUGGUGGAUUUAUUGUUCAUGGUACUUUGUCCAAUGAGAGUACAAAAGUCUACCAACAAAGCCCAGAGAGUACUCAUGAGCCUCUACUUAGUGCACCCAUCCCUUCCAUCAAGUUAAUGAUUUUUUUGUUUUAACGUAAUCCUUAUACAUAAAUACCACUGCCAAGUUUGGAUAAUGUCAACAAUGAACUUUGAUUCUCUGUCACUUUUAAUCAGCAUGUAGUAAUAUAACAUGAGAGGAAACCAUUUUGAGUCAUCCAGAAACCAUCACCUCAAUGACCACCACCAUUUCCCUCAUCAUUUGGUCCACCCUGGUCUGCCCAGCCAUUGAUCAUAUUUACUGCUGAGGCUUACUGCCAUGAUUUCUGAUAAUACAAAGGAAUCCAUUCAUCCUCAGUUCCUUCCGUCCACCUUUGGGCAACUGUGCUGUUCAUGGUACUACCUCCAGGAAGUUGUGGAUAGUGAAAUGGAAAGGAGAUAAAAAUUAAAUCAGUCCAAUUUACUACUCAUCAAAUCAUCUGAUAAUAAAUCAGAUUAACAUGUUUGGUUACAAUGAGGUAUAUUGUGUUGAUUUGUGGAUUUUAGUUACCCAAACUAACUUAUUUCCCAUUUAUCACAGUUUGUAGAGAGUUGAUUUUUGCCUUUGAAGAUGAUAAGUGAUAAAAAAAAAAAGGUGCUAGAAGCAUAAAUGUUGAUUUGGCUUCCCUCACUUUUGUGAUUUCUUUGACUUCUCUAUACUUUUUACUGGGAUAAAGAUUAAUUAAUUCACUCAUCAGAGAGUAGAACAUCAACCACUGGGCAAAUCCACCUUUGAUUUUAAAUCACUAUGAAAGAUGCUAUGUUUUUUUUUUUUAAAUCACUAUGAAAAUGCUUAGUUUAUGUGCUUUGAAUGACUUUGCCUUCCUUGUAUCAUGGCAGAAUGAGUUCUACAUUCUGGCAGAUCUUAAUGAUCAUUUCAAAUGGAAAUAAUGCCCACCCCCUUUUUUUCCUUUCACAUCUAGAAUUGGACAUCCUCCAUGGUAACAGAAUAUUGCUAAAGGUGCUUUGUCUCAGAAUAUAAAAUGUGUUCAUUUUAAUUAUUUAGCAAAAAUGGGCUAGUUCCUAGGCAUCAUGGAGGCACCUAGAAAAUUUAUCCCUUUCAAAGGAAGGGGAAACUGACAAAUAAAACAACAAUCCUCUGUGUAUGAGAAAAGCCAUGGAUAUAAUUGGAAAGGCAAAGCUAAGAACAAAUGAAGAAACAAAAAAGAAAAACCUGCUUGAUGUUGUGCUGAUGGAACUUUAGCUUCUGUUAGAAUGGGACAUUGACUUCUUUUAAGAAUCUUUGCAGACCUCAUGGUAACCAAAUCCUAGACCAUUGAACCUCUGAAUGCCAUUCAGUUACAAACGUUAUUUAUCAAAGAGCAUUUUUGUCCUGCUGUCUCUGAUUGUCAUGGAAAGUUCUGUAAUGCUAAGGUGUUUCAGGUUUUAUUUUUUUAUUUUUUUACUUACUUUUUUUACUUUAUUUUUCCAUUUGUACCACAGUCUGACUAGCUACCAUUUCCCCCACUCCUUGGGCUUUCUGUAGAUCAGUGGAUGUUAGGUUUAAACUUCUGUUUUCUUUGAUGAAGCUUUCAAUAAAAAAUGAAAACAAA